GGCCAUCAAGCUAAGAUGGCGGCAGAAACUCAAAAUGUUGUCGUUCUUCACAGUCGCCCAGGAGUAGACAAACCACCAUCCGAAUCGAACUUCGCACUGGAAAGAAGAAAAAUUCCAGAAUGCAAAGAGGGCGAAAUCUUAGUGAAGACAUUGUAUUUAUCUGUUGAUCCUUAUAUGAGAUGCAGAAUGAAUGAGGAUUCUGGAUCGAACUAUUUGACACCGUGGUCCAUUGGAGAGGCGCCAAGUGGAGGAGGUGUGGGUCAGGUGAUUCAUAGCAGAAGCGAGAAAUUUCACGAAGGGGAUAUUGUGCAGUCGGGUGGAUGGCCAUGGCAAGAAUUUUCAGUUUUUCCUGUCUCUGGAGACCCCACAUUGCAAAAGGUAUAUUGGUUAAUAAAUUGAGGUCAUCUGUCGUGAAUUUGAAGUAGAGGGUAUAACAGCCAACUUCCGCUUAGUCAAAUACGUUUGAAUUUUUUUUUAUUUUUAAUUUUUAUUUUGAUGGUAAGUAUGUCUAACCACACAUGUAUUAAUUUGAUGGAAAUUAAGAGUUCACUGUGAACAUGAAGACUGGCCCCCAAGUUAACUCCCCUCCUCUUCUUGGCCCAUAACCUAUCUUAAUUUUCUGCUUACUAUCAAUUUUAUCCUUUAUCUUCAAAUGUUCUUGAGAACCAGUUGCACUAUGACUGCACUAAGGCAAAAGGACUUUAAACAGUUAAUGAGAAAUAUUAGAGAGAUACAUAUUAAUUAUAAAUUGAAAGGGUUCACUUUUUACUGCAUUGAGGUUCAAGCACUUUAUCAAUAAAAGGUACACUUCCUAAUAUUGAUGUGAAUAAUGCUAAAAAAUCUUCUUACUUAUUUCUGGUACUUUUUGUUAUUUUUAUUGAGAACUAGCUUUGAUGUGUUAUUACUAACUAUUUAGGAAGAAAGCCCAUUCCUUUGUGCUAAAUCAUCUCUGUUACUGGGGAUUGUGGGUUUGACUGGACUGACAUCUUAUAUUGGCUUAAAAGAAAAAGCACACAUUGAGCCUGGUGCCAAUCAAGUUGUUGUAAUCAGUGGUGCUGCUGGGGCUUGUGGGAUGGCUGCAGGACAGGUGAGAAAUGGAUCACCAUUUGAGAAACAGCUGUCUGAAAAAAAUAUCUUUAGUUUUCUUUAGUAUAGUACUACACAAAGCACAGUGAAAUGAUGUCAUGGCAGACACUCCUGGGGUGAACAGUGAUUUUUGUGUUACAGAUAGUUGAUAGUCACAGAAGCAUGCUGUGAUCAAACUAUAAAAAAUUACCAGUUUAGUACAAUCAACUGAGUUGAUAAUGUAAAUUGGCCAUGAUAAAGAGUUUCAAAGCUGAUGUUUCUAUCAUUAGUCCUUCCUCAUUCACUCUGCAGAAGGUCUAAUACUCAAAAUGUCAGUUUUAAAACUCUUUACAGAGGCCAAUUUACAUUUUAUCAACUUAGCUGACAACACUAAAUUACCCUGUUAUACUCUCUCACUGAUACAGCACCACAGUUUCUUUAAAAGCUUACCCUUUUUGUCCAUAUGAGAAAUUACCUUUGAGACUGGAAAAAGUUUCUGUUUUUCUGCAGAAGCAUUCAUUUAUAUUUUAAGGGUGUUAGUGUCAAUUGUAUCUUUUACAUCUGACUCAUAUGAUAAUUGCUUAGAAGAAGAUAAUUAUUACCAUCCUCUCAUUGCUUUUAAAAAGGAGAAGGUUGCUUUGGUAACUUUGUUACUUUUAUCUUCACUCUGAAAAAGUAUGUAUCAAAACCACAGUUUGAGAUUCCAAAGAGUAAACACCUCUUAAUGAGUAUCUCUUAUCAAGAUUUUGGUGUAGUUUAUGCUUUUCUGACCUUUAUUCAGGAUUUGUUUUCUUCAGUUCUUACAAGAUUAGUUGGUGAUCAAUCUCACCACCAGGCAAUUUGCAAUGUCCUUCUAAAUGCAGUUCUUUUCCUCUUAAUAAAGAUGACAAUUUUGGUUGCUAGUCAUUGACUGAGUUGUUUAUUUUUUAGUUUCAAUGACCCUUUGAUACUGUGAAUGAGGCUCUUUGAUCAGUGAACAUGUUACCCUUUACACCACUAACCCAAGUCUACAACACAAGGAAGUAAUACAGUUAUGUAAUUGCUAUUUUCUCAGAUUGCAAAGCUAGAAGGCUGUGGUGUUGUUGUUGGGAUAUGUGGUACUGAUGAGAAGUGCUGCUUCUUGACAGAAGAGAUGGGCUUUGAUGUGGCAAUUAAUUACAAGACAACAGAGAACAUUAGUGAACACUUGAAAAUGAAAUGUCCAGCAGGAAUUGAUGUUUACUUUGACAAUGUUGGAGGGGAAAUAAGCGAUGAGGUGAGUUUGUAUUUCUAAUGUAAAAAAUGAUUACUAAAUGUUCUCAAGUGGCUUAAAUUAUAUUUGUUUAUUCAAUAUGAUAUUUUAUAUUAUGUUUAUUAAAAAUUGCAGUGAGAUUAUAACUUCAGUUAAUAUCAACAGAGCUUAAACACCUACUUUAAAGAUGUACCUAGCAAAUAAAAAAUAUAAGAUGUUUUGAAGUGAAGAUUUUAAAAAAUCAAAUUGACCACAAAAAAUUUGUCUCAAAGUAAGUCAUUGGUAUUGGCUUGCACUAAAGAAAACAGCUCUGAUUUAUUAAAAUUUGGCUGCGAAGGACACUUAUGCAUCAAUCAAUUUGAAGCUUCAACAUUCCCCCUCCUACCCCUGGGUAACCUCCUAAGUAAUGGAACUUUUGUAGAUUGGUUUGUUUAAACUCCUGUCUCCUGAGCAAAAUCAUGUUCAAAUGCCCCACCCAAUUUUUUUGUAAAACUUGAAGGCAAAGUCAGCAACUGUGACUCUCUACACAUUGACCAAGCUUUAAAACUGAGACCUUGUACAUCUUUUCUUCCAAGCCACUUGUUCACGAAAGUAAACUAUUUACAUUUAACACCUCCAUAUUACUAGAUAUAACACUUAUAUUCCACUGGAAAGACUUGACACUCCCAGUACAAGUUCCCCACCUCAAUUAGGCAAGGUUCAACUUCCCCAACUGCCAGACAUGAAUGACAGUCAAAUGCUAUUAAUGUGGAGGUGGGGGAGGGGGAAGGGAUGUUAAAGCUUUGAAUUGAUAGGUGCAUUACUAAGAAAUGGCCACAAUUCAAGUACGUUCUUGUGUGAAAAACAAUAGGCUCUUCAUUUUGAAAAGUCCCUUGGAAGUCUAAAAAGUGCCUCCUCUUGGAAAGAGUUGGCUCUCUUGUGUAGGUAAUAAAUAUUUUUCAGAUUAGAAAUGUUUUCCUUAGUGGAGACCGAGCUUUGUUUCAAAAAUCUUUGAAUGAAGGUGUUCCCUGAACACAAGUGUUACAAAAGAAAGUUUCCAAUGAAGCAUACUUUUCACUUUUUGUUUGUUCUAGGUUAUUCGCUGCAUGAAUAAGGACAGUCACAUAGUAUUAUGUGGGCAGAUUUCAGUUUACAACAAAGAUGUUCCUUAUCCACCCCCACUACCCCAGGACAUACAAGACAUACUGCAAACUAGGAAAAUAAAACGUGACCGUUUCCUGGUGUUGAAUUACAUGGAAAAGCUCCCGGAUGGAAAAAAACAACUGGAGUCCUGGGUGCGAGAGGGAAAGUUAAAGAAUCGUGAGACGAUCGUGGAGGGCCUGGAGAACACUGGGAAGGCCUUUGUUGAAAUGAUGCGAGGUGGGAACAUUGGUAAACAGAUUGUGAAAGUGGCCGAGAUUGUGCUUUGAAAUGGUGACUUUUUGAAUCACUAUCUAUGCCAAUGAUGUGAGCACGGCUAUAUUAAAUAAUCUAGAUCUUUCACGGGAU